AUAGAAACAUCAACAAAAAAUGUUUGCAAUCUAAACAAUGUAAUAUUUAGUUGCGUAAAACAUAAAAAAACAAUAUGAAACGGUUCUAAUCUACUUAAAAUUUAUUCCUUCCUAACAUAUGUACUGAAUAAGUGAAGAAAAACUCGCCUAAAAUGUCCAACGACGAUGAUAAUACUUGUCAUAUGUGUACAUUGGCCACCGAAAUGAUCCUGUACAUUUUCACGUAUUUGCCUGCGAAAGACCUGACUAGAUGUCGUCGAGUGUGCGUAAGAUGGAAGCAAAUAGUAGACAGUGUAAUAAAACAUGAUAUAUUGUGGCGAGAUUUUUGCAAAAAUGAUUUUAAUUCUAUUUAUAAAUCCGCUAGAGCCAAGUCGCGAUAUGGCCUUCGCUGGCAAAAUAUUUACCGAUCACUAUCUCUAUGGCCUAGAUUAUUACAAGCCAAGGAAACCCGAGAUGAGUUUGCGUCGGCGUCAUGCCAAAUGGAUGAAAUUUGGGGCUUUGCUAUACUGAGAGACGGCAUUAUAGGCGUCCAAACUUUCCGCGGCAUUUCUUAUUACGAUAUAGACACAUUGGAGCCCUGUGAAAGAGAAUUCAUGAUAGGAGACUGCCUCAGAUACAAUGAAAAUCACCAUGCUGCUGUCGUUCUUGGGAGUCAUGCACACUUAUUGAUUUGUCGUAGAAUAAAGAAGAACCCAUAUUAUGACGCUUCUAUCGUUUUUAAUAAUGUGAAAACAUUCAUUCUGGUCGAUAAGGAAGUCUAUUUUGUCACUAUGCAAGAUGAGAUUUUUGGCUGUGAUCUUGAUCAAAAUGUAUUAAGUAGUAAAUUUAUUAAAAGAAUGGACGAAAGUGUUCUGACGUUUGGAUAUACGGACCGUUUACAAGUAUUGACUAUGCAACGUAACAUAUACAGUCUUGUCAACCAAAAUUUAGUGUUAAGUUGCACUCUUGACGAAAAUUGUAACUUAUUACACCAAUUUAAGGUGUACAAUUUAAUGGAGUACAUGGACUGGCAGGUUUUUUUCCAAUGGAUGCAUAUGCUUAAGCAGAGAUUUCCAGAUUUUAUUAUAAACGAUAUAAUAGUCAUACGACAGUAUGGAGACAUAUACUUUGUGGGCACAAACUGGGGUGUGCUACGUAUUUACUAUGCUCCGUACACAUCCGGACAAUUGGACAUAUUUCAUACUCAACCGAUGAAACAAUACAAUUUUAUGGAACGAAGUGAUUGUCCCGUGUUAUCCUUGAGUCCUAUACGUCAAGUUGACGUCCUCGAAACAAAAGAUGGGCAUACAGUUCUCGUUGCUAUGCCGAAAAAGAUAGCCGUGCUGAAUUUCACUCACAGCUUUAAAAGGAAUUCUUCAGUAGCUAUGUUGCCAUAUUCCGAUGUACAAAAAGUUAAAUUGUUAAAAAUUAAUGAUUCUGUCUAAUAUUGAUGGCAGCUUGAUUUUUUAGUACAAAUCUAUUAAUUUCAUCUAACAUACUAUGUUUAAAAAUAUUUAAAAUAUAUGGUAUUUCCAUAAAAUGGUGAAUAUCAUUGACUACAUCUAUCUUAUAUAUAAAAUUUGUGUCACAAUGUUAGUUACCAUACUCCUCUGAAACCAUUUGACCGAGUUUUAUGAAAUUUUAUAUGCAUAGUCAGUACGUCUGA